CUCCCUGCUAUAUUGAAACGGACUGUAGGAGAGAAGAGAGCAACAUGGCAGAGGACAGGAGACUUCAGAACGUGAAGGCGAGUAUUGCAGCGCACCCUGACUUCCCGAAGCCAGGGAUUUUAUUCAGGGAUAUAUUUCCUGUUCUAAGAAAUCCGCCUGUCUUCAAACAGCUUCUGGACAUCAUGACGGAAUAUCUUCAGUCACAGUGUACAGGAGUUGAGAUCAUCGUCGGCCUCGAAUCCAGAGGCUUUUUGUUUGGACCAAUCCUGGCUCAGAACCUCAACAUAGGUUUCGUGCCGAUCAGAAAGAAGGGAAAGUUACCAGGCUUGACGGAGAAAGUGACAUAUCAACUAGAAUAUGGCGAGGACUGUUUUGAGGUUCAGCAAGAUUCCAUCAAGCCUGGACAAAAGGUUGUGAUUGUUGAUGACCUCAUGGCAACCGGAGGUACAAUGAAGGCAGCAUUUGAUUUGAUGGAAACAAUCAAGGCCGACGUUCUGGGAGGUCUUGUUGUCAUUGAACUUGUUGAUCUCAAAGGUCGUGAUAAGUCAAACAAACCCAUAAAAUCUCUCCUAGAAUAUUAGAUGCUUCACAUGACACAGGUCUUCAGCUUCCAUUUAGUUGUAACUGAGUGACUGAAUUUAGUUUUAUGCCGCACUCAGCAAUAUUUCAGCUAUAUGGCGGCAUUUUAGAUGUGAAAAUCGAGUUAUAUAGAUGCAGGUUGUCAUGAACGGUCUUCAGUUGUUAAUCGACACUCAGAGCCUUCAUGGAAUAUUGAAAUAUAUCAUGCUACAUGUACAUUUAUAUAUAUCAGUGAUGUAAGAGAGUAAUAUGGAUGCAAGAAUUCAUGAAAUGUGGAAAUAUAUCACACUUUCAAACACAUUUAUAUAUCAAAGAGCAAACAUCCAAAGUUUGUUUUCCAUCUAUAGAUAACAGAACAUACAUCCAUACUUUGUUGAAAGAUUAUGGAAACCAACAGUUCCUUAUCCUGAGAUGAAGUUUACUUCUAGAGCUACUUCAUCAUGAGCUGAGGUCAGAGGCUGUUCUAAUUACCUCCCUGCCAUGUGGCAUUGUGUCCUUGGUUACGUUGUUCCGUCAUUCUUGUAAAUCAAAAUAGCUCAUAUGCAUCAAUAUCAGAGAUUGGUGAAACAGAUCUUAUGAGGAAUCACAAAAACUAUGUGUAUCAAACAUUUUGAUAGUUAAAAAGUUUAGAGUUUCACCUUGUUAGAAGAAAUUAAACUAAUCGGUGCUUUCUUUCCUCACACUUUUUCAAAUUCCAGUGUUUAGUUGUUGAUAUGUUCUGCCGCUCACAGGUAUAACCAAGCAUAUGACAAUAAUCCCAGCUGAUGAAUGUAAUGUCAGACCGCUGUCUGUAUGGUACAGACAUGACAAUAACUGUAAACUACCCUUGUAUUUUGUUCCCUAACAUGACGAUGAAUGGAAUUCAGUGGGAGGCAGGGUCUUUAUUUCUGUAAAUAGAACAGUUCUGGGCAUAACUUUCUUACAGUACACAUGGAUGUGUGGUUCAUGUAUUCUAAAAUAUAUAUUACAUAAGAUUUCUCACUGACAGAAAUUGGUUCAGUCAAGACUUGCUCCCACAUCUGUUUUCACUAUUUUCUUUAAGAUCCUGAACAGCAAAAGAAACGCAAGUUUUGAAAAAAUGAAAUCUCAUGAAAGUAAGUGUUCAUGUUUGUCUUCUAUUUAAAAACUUGACCAAAAGCCAGAGUUGCAUUUCUUUUGCUGUUCAGUAUAGUUUACAUUACCUCAAUAGAAUAAGAAGUUGUAUUCAAUAAAUUGUCCUUUGUCCAUUAUCAGGAAGUGGAUAUAUAAUGUUAGGUCUUUCUGCAUAAGGGGUGAUGGUGUAGCCUAGUGGUUAAUCAUUCUCUUGUCACACUGAAGACCCGGGUUUGAUUCCCCACAUUGUGUGCAGCCCAUUUCUGGUGUCCCCACUGUGAUAUUGCAAAAAAAUGUAUAAAACCCAACUCACUCACAUUCACUCUUUCGGCAUAAAAAAUCUGAUUAUACAGUUAGCCUUAUUUUCAAGGAAUUAAUGUCAUUUAUAUAAAGGAAGUUUGUCAAAUAUAUCAGUUGAAGCUGGUGGGUAGGACAGAUGUACCAAAUUUAGACAAGAAGCAGCCAUUCAGAGAGGUAAAUGUGUAUUUAUUGCAAAAGAGUACCAACUGGUGGUGGACAGUACAGUAAUUAUUCAGGGGAAGAAGACAUUUUUAAUAUACUACUUCAUGACAUUCAUAAGGAUUGUUUCAUUAACAAUACCGUGUAAUAUCAAAUGUAAUAAAUUGAUGGGUGUCUGUAUGACAUGGAAGAUUUUCUUUUGAAAUAUCUCCCACAAUGUCGCCCAUGGCUCAGUGUCAUGUAGAUUGUGUAUGGAUUUGUCAGUGGUGGAUGUAUACUGGUAUGAGAGGUAAAUGUUCUACUUUGUUACACGGUUUAUAUAUCUAGAUAUCAAAUAAACAUUUGAGAAUAAA